UUGGUCCAACGUGUUCAAAAGCUGCUUCCUGUUAAUAUUAACAUGACGAAUUCUCAGAGCGCUUAUCAAUGAAAAGUGACUCCAGCUGCAGUUUAAACCCGAUCCAACCCGACAAAAGCUGCAGAUGAAAGCGUGUUUGUGUGAAAGGGGCCUUUGUCUGUUCUGAUUUGCGUAGGACGGCGGAGGAACUGCUCAUGUCCAAGCCUCCGGGCUACUUCCUCAUCAGAGUCAGCGAGAGCAGGAUCGGCUACACGCUGUCGUACCGGGCCGGGGACCGCUGCAGACACUUCAUGAUUGAUGCGCUGGAGGACGGCCAGUACAUCAUCCUGGGGGAGAACCGGCGUCACCGGCAUCUGCAGGACCUGGUGGACUUCCAUCGCAGGACUCCCAUCAUGCCGUUCAGCCAGGUGCUGACCGUUGCGUGCGGACAGUCCUCAAACAACAGCAUCGACUACGCAGAGCUGCUGUUUCCCCAAAGACAGCCGCCCGCCAACACCAGGCUGCUCCCGACAAACCCCCCCAGCACGACUCCCCUGGCGCCGCCGCUACAAGACAUCCCACCUGCCAUUCCCUACCGCCCGAACAACCUGACCGACCCGACGGUCCCGCUCCAGAACAGGCUCUACCCGUGUCUGGAGGACGGAUUUGGACACGCCAGCGCCCCGCGUCCAGCCACGCCUGUGCCCAAGACCAGAAAGAGAUAUGAAGCUUCCUCCAACCAGCCUCCUGAAGUCCCCUCUCGGAGCUGUGUUCCUGUAAAGCAGAACCAGGCUUGCAUCAGAACCGUCUCUGCGCCCGAGAGCCCCUCGACGCCAACGGCCGCUCAGCAGCCAGUGAGGAACCCGGAAGCGAAGCCGUCGGUCCUGACGAACUUGAAGAAGAAAUUCCAGAAGAACAGAAGCUCGUCGCAGGACAACACAUACGCAGAGGUUAACGUCGAGGCAGCUGACGGGAGCAGAACUACCGAGUCCGAGUACCAGGAGAUCUCAGGGGACCGCGCCGUUAUGGGUUCACCGUUUUCCUACACUUGCCCCGAUGUGAGACUGACUGACGAAGUGUUCCCUCAAGAAUACCUGAAACCUCCACCUUUUGCCCCAGGCUACUGAUACAGGAGCAUAUAAGAAACCUUUGUACAUAUGGAACGAUCACUGGAUGUUACAUUGCUGAACCAAAGAAAGAGGGAUGGUCUGGACAUCGAGGUCCGGUUGGGUAGUGCAGCCUGCAGAGGAAAAGGAGAACGAUGCACUUUUUCAGCCUUCAGAAUCUGCUUUCACAUGAAUUUUUGACCUUAAAAAGGCCUUGAAAGUUAAAGGGUUGCAUCAUUAGAGCGAUGACUAUGUGUGUAGCUUUGGUUCUGAUCAUUUAAGUCUAGUUCUGGCUAAAACGCCGACUGAAAACAGAAUUCAACACCUUGGCUCUGUUCAAAGGAAACAAAAUCUUCCUACCAGCUCGUCCAAAGCGCACUAAUUAAUGCAUCGUGUCUUUUUGGUUAACAAAUCCAAAAACUGAAGCGUAGGAAAGUUGUGGUGAGCGUAGAAACCUGAUGGUCACACUUUAGGGGUGCUUGUCGUCCAGUUUGGUUGGUUUAGGAUAGCGCCAGGCGGUUAGCGGUUUAACCCCUUUUCAUGAUUUGUGCUAAGCUAAGCUAGCUAGCUGCUGGCCAUGGCUUCACACAGACAUGGGAGUGGUAUCUUUAUUUACCAAAGAGUCAAACUAUUCCUGUAAACUUUUAUGUCCACUAAUAUUCAGUUUGCACAAGCGCGUAACAUCAUCGAACAGAUUAAACCGCUGUCAUGUGACUGAAGUUAAGGCCUUUAAUGUACUGUAUAUGUUUUAUUUUUAUUUGUUUUACUCAAGAGAGACAUUACAAAGAAAUACUGUUACAUUAAAGGAAGUAAAGCCACUAGCGUGUGUCUAGCUGAAGCUAAUUUCCUGCAAGCUUCAGGUUUUUAAGUUAAGGGAAAAUGUUUUUUUAUGCCUCUUUGAUAAUAUAAUGAAAUGUAAAAAGGAAGGAGGAGGAAGUUUUGUGCAGCACAUGUAAAUUAGAAAUGGUCCCUUAUCAUGAAUGUGAAGCUGGAGGAGAGCGGAUGCAGACAGACUGGUUUCACAGGUCCAAUGUUCAAUUUUUAUACAGCUUCAGGGCACAUUAUUGUGUUUUUACGUUUUGUCAUGUAGUGAAGUUUGUGAAGCAUGUGAUGCCUGCAAUAGUUCACAUUUAUGUCUGUAACUUGAUAAGAUACGAAGCAUGCAGUUUUGUUGAAUGACUGAGCUAAUAAAGCAGCUAAAAAUG